AUGGCUACGCGAUAUCGAAAAGAGGAUCCGUGGGUAAUUGGACAACGAUUAUCAGCCAGAUUGGAUCAUGAAGCAUUUCCACUUCAUCGAGCUGCAUUUUUCAAUGAUACACAAUCGAUUUUGCAAUUGUUGAGAGCUGGUGAGUGUAUUUUUUGAAGGAGAAGGGGAUGGGGGUUGAAGAGAAUUAUCUGAAACUCAAGAACAUCUUUAACUCAAGAAUUACUGACCAUUUGAAGCAUGAAACACUUAUUUGAACUCUUGAGUAUUCAAAUAGUGUUCUUUUCAUCAGAAAAUCAAUCAUAUUUUAAUAGCACUACUAAGAAAAAUAUCAAAAUGUUCCCCAAAUCUUCCAUUGUUUUCAGGCCGAAGUUUAUCGGAAAAAGAUAUGCAUGGAAAUACAGCCCUCCACAUUGCAACAAUGUUAGGACAUCGAGAAGCGAUUGCUGUUCUACUGGCCAAUAAUUCACCGGUUCGCGCGAAAAAUUUGGAUGGAUGGAGUCCGCUUAUGGAAUCGGUUAGCUAUGGAGAUCGUCAGAUUAGUGAGUUUUUUUUUGGGUGAAUCGAAAAAUUCCAGUUUUUGAGAGAGGAAAAGGGCGGAAAAAUAAGUUUUCAUGAAAGUUUGAAUUUGAAAAAAUUGGACUGAAAAUAUUUUUUUCUGGAAAACCUAAAUGACUAGAUUUUUAAUCUAGAAAAUUUGAAAUUUAUCAGUUUUUUUAGUCUGAAUCCUGGAGUUUUUGGGCUACUGUAGUUAUUCCCAAUACUUUUCAGAAUUAUCGAUUUUUCAUGAAUUUCAGCUGAAAAUCCACAAUUUUUCACGAUUAAUAGCUCAUUUUCACCCAAUGCCUUUAACAUCUUUUAAUGAAUUUCUGAAAUUUUGAGCUCUUUGUGAAUUAUUCUACUAAUCUUUUAUUUUCAGUCACCGAAAUGCUGCGAAAAAUGAAAUCACAAGCUCGCGAAAAAAUGUCGCUCGGAAAACCGCAUUUGAUGAAAAUGUUUGAAGAUUUGGGCGAUUUUUAUAUGGAAUUCAAAUGGGAUUUUCAGAGUUGGAGUAAGUUCUUCCUUUUUUCACCUCCGUAUUAAAAUAAACUGUUUGCAGUUCCACUUUUAUCGCGGAUAUUACCAUCGGAUGUUUGUUUGAUUUAUAAGAAAGGACAUCAAUUUCGAAUGGAUACAACGUUGGCCGAUUUUAGUGAAAGGUGGGAUUUUUGGGGAAAUUUCAAAAAAAAAAAUUGA